AUGGAGCGCAGCCGUGGCAUCCCCGACCAGGAGAUGUUCCUGAGCAAGCCGGCGCCUGAAGACUGCGAUAGUCCGACGGUAGAGCCAUUGCGCAUCUUCAAGCCUCAGAGCCCUGAUCCUUAUUCUCGCGUCUCCUCGACCUCCUCCAGCAGACCGACCUUCCCGCUGCCUCCUGGUGCGUCGAGCUCUGCCGCGCCUUUGCCAUUCCCAGAUGACGACGACAUCCGAAAGCCAACUGCCCCAAAGCCCUACGGCUCUGCCUACAACGACACGAGUCCUCGGUUGGACACAAACGUCGCCGCCGAGAAGAAGCCAGGUCUUGCCGAGAGGCGGGGGGCCGCGCCCAAGCCCAUACACUCUCCGUCGAGUCCCGAUGCCGACUAUGGCCUCUUUGCGAGACCGCUGCAAGAUAAGCCUGCAGCUUCGACAACAAACUAUCCAACUUAUCAGAAGACGUACUACCCGCCCCCCGGAGGAGCUGCAUCUGGUCCCUCAGGCAGUGCGCCAGCGCAGCCGCAGCAAUAUUCACAGCCUAAGCCCGCCAACGAUUCAGGUGUCAAUCGAUUUGCCUCCACGGCCUCAAACUCAACUACCAGAGCCAGCCGGGGAUCGCCUCCUCCCCCAGAGACCCCUAUCGUAGAGCCCGGAAGCGUGCCCGGAGGGGGUAUCGAGGCCCGGUAUGCUGCUUCAGGCAUUUCCGGCACAGCAACCCUCACCAGCCUUCAAGCCUCACAGGUACAGAGUGCUGCGGCCGCGCAGAGACUUGCACAAUACAACAAUCAGCAGCCACAACCCCAGCGCCCCUGGACGCCUACAGAGUCUCCCGACCAGGCUCCCUCGGGCCCCCCGACUGUGUACCAAGGCAUGAAUCCAGUUUCAUCUCCUCAGCCGCAGCAGCCAGUUACCAGCCCUAUUCCUCAACAACAGCCAGCACAGAAUCAGAGCAACACUCCGGCUCAAGUAAGCGUUCUGGAGCAGGACUUCCAGCGCAUGUCGACCAGCUCUCCUCCACCAGCCUACUCGAGUGUGAAUCCCAGCGGACGAACCUCGUAUCCGAAUGAGAAGCAGCGACCACAGCAAGCCAACCAAACGCCUACCCCUGUCCCCGUUGCUGCUCCCGUUCCCUCUCAAGCCUCUGCAUCCGCCAGCUCGGCACCGCCAGCCAAAGAUUCUGUGGUGGCUGCGGCUACGGCUGCAGCUACGGCUGCCGCUGCUGCAGGCCUUAGUUCUACAGCUCCUCAUAAUCAAGGCCAUCCUGCGUUUGCAAACGAUCCUAGGCCAGAGCCGGCUGUUCAGCAUGCUCAGGUUGUGACCAUGCCCCCGAACCUCGCAGCGGCCGGCCCUGUCUCUCCGCCUCCUUUACCCGAAGGAUGGAUUGCCCAUCUUGACCAGAACUCGGGCCAAUACUAUUACAUUCACCUGGCCACGCAAGCGACGCAGUGGGAGUUUCCCAAAGGCCCAAAUCCCAUUCAGCACGAUCAAGCCCCUCUCUCGCCCACAGCCUCUACAUACGGAAAUCCUUUGGCUUCCCCCAUGUUUGGCAAAACACCUAUGGCCUCCCCCAUGUUUCCUCCGCACACGCCUGGAUACGCUGAAAGCAUCAUGAGCGUUGCGGCCUCACAAGCUCCCACUGUCGGCUUCACAGGACCACCACCGAGCGCCGGUGUCGACAUGUACAGGAUCCAGCCUACCAACGGGGUCUACUUUGGCCCUUACCUGAAAUACGUCAACAUGAAUAUCGAGACGGGCAAAUGGUUUGGCAGCAUACUCAUCGUCACAGAUGCGCCCCAGCCGCCUACUAUUCACCUGCACCUGAGCAUGGAUCUUUCUCCAAACCCCAAGCAGCUGGUCCCCCACGCCAUCUUCGUCCACCAGCGUUGGACCUUUUACAAAUACGAGAUUGACAUCGACAUGGGGGAGACCACCGACCGAUGGACUUAUGCUGUCACGUCGCAUCUCGGUUGUACCCGUUAUGAGUUUGUCGUCGCAGGAAGGCAUGAGACUGGAUGGCGGUUCAUAGCCCACUCGGGUAACGAUUUCGCCGUCAGCACAUCUCAGAACGAGCGCUCCAAAUUGGGCGGCGUUGGUUUCAUGUGGAAGGAUGUUCUCCAGAAGAAUGUAGAAUGCGGCGGCUUCCACGUGCAACUCGGCUUGGGUGACCAGAUCUAUGGUGACCGACUGUGGAGAGAGGUGCCUCUGAUGAAACAGUGGCUAGCGAUGAGUGGAAGAGACAACAAGAGAAACACGCAAUGGACAGCCCGCCACGAGGAAGAUGUUAGCCAUGCUUACUUCCACUACUAUACAAGCCACUUUGACCAGCCUUAUCUGCGGGAGGCUUUUGCUCAGAUUCCUCACGUCCUACAGAUUGACGACCAUGACAUCUUUGAUGGAUUCGGCUCCUAUCCUGACUACAUGCAAUCUUCUGCCAUAUUCAAAAAUACCGGGCGGGUCGCAUCAGACAUGUACCUGCUAUUCCAGCAUCAUACCACAGUAGAGAUGAUGCGGAAUGUUAGCACCGACCACGACAUCUUUACCAUUACAGGCACUGGUUGGCAUUUCGUCAAAUAUCUUGGCCCGGCAGUGGCUGUUGUCGGGACAGACUGUCGGUCGGAACGAACCCAAGCCCGUGUCAUGGCCGGGCCUACUUAUCAGGGUAUCUUCCCCAAGGUUGCGACUUUGCCACCAAGCGUGCAGCACGUUCUCUGGAUGGUGUCGGUUCCUCUGAUUUACCCCAGAUUGGACACCGUGGAGAGCUUGGCCAAUACUGUUGCGGCAGGAAAGAAGGCCGUGAAUACGACAUAUAACAUCCUUGGCAAAGUCACAAGCUCCGUGGCAGGUGUUGUGGGCGGUAAAGAGAUGGUAGCACAGGGCUUCAGCCAAGUCAAGAAGGCAGUUGGCAAAUCUGGACUUAUGGGCAAUGUCCUCAACCAGUUUGGUGAGCUAGAUAUCCAGGAGGUUCUCAAAGACAUGUGGACACAUGACUCCAAGGAUCUGGAGAGAACAUAUUUCAUCCGAACUCUUCAAGGCAUCGCCCAGCAAAAGGGUGUCCGCAUGACUUUCUUAUCUGGAGAUGUCAACUGUGCAGGAGCCGGUCUCGUGCACGAUCCCACUCACCCUGGGGACCACAAGACGAUGUACCAGAUCAUCACUUCGCCGAUUGUGUCUGCACCUCAGAGUACCUAUGUGUUGAAACUGCUCCAUAACCAGAAGACACUCUACGUGCCGCUCAAUGGCCAGAAAUCCACGCACGAAGUCUCUGAUACCAAAGAAGACAUGAUGGAGAUCUUCCACACCGAUGCUAGCGGUGCUACGAGAGAGUUGAAGAAGCUCAUGGGUCGCAGGAACUACGUGGCCUUUGUUGCAUAUGAUCACGACGCCGUCAUGGCCCAGAGUCAGGGGCCGUUUAGCCCGAACCCAAGCAUCCAUAGCCAGCAGCAGGGCUUGUCUAGGCUCAGCCUCGCUGUUGACUUUGUGGUGCAAGGUGAUGGCGCAUUUACGGCUACUACCAAGUAUGGUCCUGUGAUUAUUCCUCACUUGGAGUAUGGAAGGUAA